AUGUUCCAACAAGCACAACUACUGCUGGUGUCACUACUACUACUGAUGUUCCAACAACCACAAGUACUGUUGGUGUCACUACUACUACAGCUGUUCCAACAACAACAAGUACUGUUGGUGUCACUUCUACUACAGAUGUUCCAACAACAACAAGUACUGCUGGUGUCACUACUACUACUGAUGUUCCAACAAGCACAACUACUGCUGGUGCCACUACUACUACUGAUGUUCCAACAACCACAAGUACUGUUGGUGUCACUACUACUACAGAUGUUCCAACAACAACAAGUGGUUCCAACGACAACAAGUUAUGUUGCUGAUGUUCCAACAAGCACAACUACUGCUGGUGUCCCAACAACAACAAGUUCUGCUGUUGGCACUUCUACUAAUCAUGUUCCAACAACAACAAGGACUGCCGGUGUCACUAGUACUACUGUUGUUCCAACAACCACAAGUACCGUUGGUGUCACUACUACCACAGAUGUUCCAACAACCACAACUACGGACGGUGUCCCUACUACUACAGAUGUUACAACACCAACAAGUACUGUUGGUGUCACUACUAUUACAGAUGUUCCAACAACCAAAAGUACUGUUGGUGUCACUACUAUUACAACAACAAGUACUGCAGGUGGCACUUCUACCACAGAUGUUCCAACAACCAAAAGUACUGUUGGGGUCACUACUACUACACAACCAGUACUGCAGGUGUCACUACUACUACUACUGAUGUCCCAACAACCACAACUAUGGCAGGGGUCACUACUACUACAGAUGUUCGAACAACAACAAGUACUGUUGGUGUCGCUACUACUACAGAUGUUUCAACAACAACAAGUACUACUACUACUGAUGUACUAUCAACAACAGUUUCUGCCGGUGUCACUAGUACUACUGUUGUUCCAACAACAACAAGGACUGCCGGUGUCACUAGUACUACAGAUGUUCCAAAAACACCAAGCCCUGCCUUGGUGUCACUUAUACUACAGAUGUUCCAAAAACACCAAGCCCUGCCUUGGUGUCACUUAUACUACAGAUGUUCCAAAAACACCAAGCCCUGCCUUGGUGUCACUUAUACUACAGAUGUUCCAACAACCAAAAGUACUGUUGGGGUCACUACUACUACACAACCAGUACUGCAGGUGUCACUACUACUACUCAAGUACUGCCGGUGUCACUCCUACUAAGGUGGUUCCAACGACAACAAGUAGUGCUGGUGUCACUACUACUACUACUGAUGUACCAACAACAACAAGUACUGCAGGUGGCACUUCUACCACAGAUGUUCCAACAACAACGAGUACUGCCGGUGUCACUCCUACUAAGGUGGUUCCAACGACAACAAGUAGUGCUGGUGUCACUACAACAACUGAUGUUCCACCAACAACAAGUACUGCCGGGGUCACUCCUACUACACAACAAGUACUGCAGGUGUCACUACUACUACUACUGUUGUUCCAACAACCACAAGGACUGGUGGUGUCACUACUAGUACAGAUGUUCCAACAACCAAAAGUACUGUUGGUGUCACUACUAUUACAGAUGUUCCAACAACCAAAAGUACUGUUGGGGUCACUACUACUACACAACCAGUACUGCAGGUGUCACUACUACUACUACUGA